AAUACGCCAAAUUGUCAGAUGUAACAUUAGUCGAUUGAAGUGGAAGUAGAAGAACAUUUCGGUUCUAAUUCUCGUUUUAUAAAAGUCAAAACAAGGUUUUGGUUCGCCGGUUGUUAUUUUAAAAUUUUAAUAUCUUAUUUCUCCAUAACAAACGUGAAGUUGGAGAAGAUAAUCCGUAUUUCAUGUUCGAUAAAUCCCUGCUCAUUUUUCAAUGAUGAGAAUUGCCCUUCAGCUUUGAUACUUGUGUAAAAGAAUCAGUGACAGUUUUAGUGGAGGUAUUAUAGUGUUCAAGGUUGUUAAUCUGCAAACAAAAAAAUAGCAACAAUGACCGGUAGGAUGGCAGGACAGACGAUAAACGAUCGCCUUCUAGCUGCUAAACACAGUAUAGCAGGACAGGGGCUGGCUAAAUCUGUUUGCAAGGCAACAACAGAAGAAAUGAUAGGGCCCAAAAAGAAGCAUUUAGAUUAUUUAGUACACUGUACGAACGAACCAAACAUAUCAGUGCCACAAUUAGCCAAUCUGCUCAUCGAGAGGUCUCAAAACACUAAUUGGGUGGUAGUUUACAAAGCCCUGGUUACUGUCCAUCAUAUGAUGUGUUAUGGAAAUGAAAGGUUCACACAAUUCCUGGCAUCGAGCAACAGUACCUUUCAACUGAGCAAUUUUUUAGAUAAGAGCGGAGUUCAAGGUAGCCAAGGACAUAAAAAUGGAUACGACAUGUCUCCCUUCAUAAGACGGUAUGCGAAGUAUUUGAACGAGAAGGCCAUAUCGUACAGGACAGUGGCGUUCGAUUUCUGUAAAAUAAAGAGAGGGAAAGAAGAUGGCAUGUUGAGAACGAUGAACACCGACAAGCUCUUGAAAACACUACCGGUACUACAGAAUCAGUUGGACGUACUCCUUGAAUUCGAAUGUUCUUCGAACGAUCUUACGAACGGCAUCAUUAAUAUGUGCUUCAUGCUGCUCUUCAAAGAUCUCAUCAGGCUCUUUGCAGGUUACAACGACGGUAUCAUCAAUUUGUUAGAAAAAUUCUUCGAUAUGAACAAGAAGCAAUGUAAGGAGGCUCUAGACAUAUACAAAAAAUUCCUGGUUAGAAUGGAUAGGGUCUCGGAAUUCCUAAAAGUUGCCGAGAACGUCGGAAUAGAUAAAGGCAACAUUCCCGAUCUCACCAAAGCCCCCAGCAGCCUGCUCGAAGCCCUGGAGCAGCACUUGUCGCAGAUCGAGGGCAAGAAGAGCUCGUCAUCGGCCGUCACCUCUCAAUCGACCAGCAACCAACAGAAAAAUGUGAAAUCCGGAGUCAACGCCCUUUCCUCGACCAGUAGCGCUUUUGGCACGGUGGCCAAUAGCAAGUUCGAAAGUCUCUCCAACGGCAUCGAUGAAAAUCUGAAGCUGCAAGCGCUGGCCGAAGAAGAAGCUGCUAUGAACCAGUUCAAGUCGAAGGUUUCCUCGCCAACUUCAAGCGGCAACCCCUUCAUGAGUAACUCCUCCUCUUCUGUCAGCACACCGAGCGCAGCCGCCUUGGACCUAUUCUCUUCCGAGCCCGCCAUCAUACAUUCGCAUGCGCAGUCUAAGCCCUCCGACGACCUACUACAACUGUCCAAUCCGUUCAUGGACGCUUUUCAAACACCCCAACAACAACCAACCAUCAUGGCCAGCGCUAAUUUCGGUGCUGCCAACAAUAAUGCAUGGGUACCGAAUGGUCAAACUUUGGUCACUAAUGGCUCCUUUGUAUCAGACACCAACUUUGCUUCGGUUUUCGGAAGUGCUGAACCAAAAAAUAAUUUCGAUGGAUUGGGCGGAGUACUACAACCAAUGUCUGCAGGAAAUGGUAUGAAUUCUUUCAAUAACAACAUGAACAGUCCAUCACCCAUCAACAACAAUGCGAAAAACCAGUUCAACACGAAUGGCAACAAUAAUUCUGAUGGUGGAAAAUUGGUAUCGGGUGAUCUAGAAUCCAGCCUGGCAUCUCUGGCUGAAAAUCUAACUAUCAAUCCUAGAGUGCAACCUGUGAAAGGUGUACAAUGGAACUCUCCAAAGGGUGGUUCAAAGACUGGAAAUAACUGGACUCCUCAACCUAUGUCUGCUACUACUGGUGCAGGCUACAAACCGAUGAACCAAUCGAUGACUAGCCCCACUUUCAGUGCUUCGACUUUACAACCUCCUGUAUUUCCUACAAUGCCAGCAGUUCAGCCAGUGAUGGUGAUGCGUCCUAUGGUGGGUAACCCAGUGAUGAUGCCCCAAAUGACACCCAUGUCGCCGAAUGCAAACCAGAUGGCGCAACAGCAGUCCUUGUUGUUUCACUGAAUUCCAUACAGAAAAGUAUUUUAUGCCAUAAUAUAUUGAUACUAUUGUAUUUUGUAUAUAGAUAUUUCGGAAUUUACAAUUUUGAAACAAUCAAGGGUACAAUAAUGACUGUAGUUUAAGUUGUAUCGUAUACUGAUUUAGGAAAAUGCUUGAAAAGAGCCAGCAUGUUGUUUUCUUAAACACUUGGGUUUGAUUGAAGAUAGUCGUUCAGUGUGUAACUGUCUAUUGUGAUUAUUGUGUUGAAAAAGCAUUUGUUAGAUGUAAUUUAUAAAAAGUAAUACAGUGUGGAGGUUAGCUGGUCUAAUGACUGACAAUAAGAAAAAAUGUGAUAAAGUGUUGAACAGCAUGGUUGGAAAAUUGUUGAGUUUCAAAAUUUUAAAACCGUAGAACUUGAAAGGAAUUAUAUAAAAUUAUACUUAUCGUAAUUUAAUGUUUCGUUAUGUAUUAAUAAAUUUGAAAUUAAGAGAUUGAAAUCAACGAAUUCAAGAGGCUCUAAAUAGGUUUGUUGGCUCACAUAUUAACCACUGAUCUCUUCAAUUCGAACCCGAACAUUCCCAGACAGUUUUAUUGUGUAAGUUCUCAGGUUGCCAAUGGUUCCGAAACAUUUUCAAGCAUUUAUCCCUAAUACUAAAACAUAUAUUUUGUACAUAUCUGUUGAAAAUCAAUUGUGAUUUUUGUCAUAUCUCUGAUAUUUUUAUAAUGAAGGUGUAACUUGGAAAUGAAUCUUUUCAACUCAACUGAUGAUCAAAGGAAAAAUUAUAAAAGUAAUUCAGUUUGUGAAAGAGGCCAAAAGAAUUUUGAGAUUAUUUUAUUGGAGCGGGCGUUCAUCACAGUUGAACUUUAUUUAAUAUUACUUGAAGAAAUGAAAUCUGAUACUUAGUUUCAGAAAUUGCUCAUUAUCAACUUAUCAAUUUUAGUUUCAGCAGUGAUGGCCCGGUUAAUUGAAGAUUACUCAAAACGGUGCAAUAUAUGUAUCGAUGUCAAUCUAAAGGACAUAUAUACAAUUAUUUAGCAAAAUAUUUUUAUAUUUAUUUUUAAUUAUUAUGCUCAGUUGCAUUGUUCAAUUUUUGUUUAAAAUAGGAAUUGAUUGAAAAGAAAUGAUCACCGAAAACUGUUCUAUGAAAUAACACAUUCAUGUAUUGAUGUCUUUCAAUAUAUAGCUAGGCUAUAUACAUAUAUAUAUGUCAUUCUAGAAGUAUGUCUAGAAAAAAAACUCUUAAAAAUUUAAAGAUUGAAUAUAUGAUGUCGCCUCACCCUGUACAUGUACCAAGACAAUAAUUGUGGUCCAUUCAAAACUAACCAAUGUUAAAUAUACAUAUCUAUUCACUAUUUUCUUUAAUGAAUUGCUCAUCAAAAUGUUUCAUUGAUUUUGGCUUGUGUGGUAUGUAAAAUAAUAUUUGGCUGUGUACUUCAAUAUAUUUUUACUCGUUUUCUUUUGAAAUUUGAGAGUAACUAAGGAUGUGUAGUUAUAAUUUUUCACUUUUGGUGAGCAGUUUUUCGACUACGUGGUUUCUGGAUGUAUUUGUUGCACAAUUUCUUUUACAGCACGAGUGUUUUCCAACAUUUUUGACAGUGCAAGUUCACGAUAAGAGAUGUAUUAAUUACUGUUUAUGGAUAAUUUUAUUUGUGUAAUUGCCUCUUCGUUUUUGCUUCUUAUGGAGACAAGUCUGUUAGUUAAUGUAUAAAAUAAAUUAUGUGAAUCUA